AAACAUGCCACAUCAUCUACUUUUAAAUAUAUUCCAAAACAUUUGUUAAAGAAUAAAAUCUUUUCUCAACUAAUGACAAAUGAAAGUUUUCAAAAUUUGUUUAGUUUAGCACAAUCUGAUAAAGAGUCAAAUAUGUGGGCACAAUUAGCUGAUUUUGGUAGAAGAGGUCUUCUGUCAAAUAGUAGUAGAGAGUAUUUAAUUUUUAAAAACAUGUUGGCUGGCAUGGAUUUACGUUCUAUUUGUUACUUACGUUCAAAAAAUGAAGAUCUUUUGACAAACCCUAAUUUAACCUACGAAAAUGUUGCUAGGUUUGCAUGUGCUGCUAAAGCUUUAAACUGGGAUGGUCCAGUUGUUGCAAUGACAGAUUGUACAAAAAUAAUGUGUGCUGCUAAAGCUUUAAACUGGGAUGGUCCAGUUGUUGCAAUGACAGAUUGUACAAAAGUUCAUUUAAAAUUAUCAUAUUCACAUUCAAAACAUUUGCACAAAGUUUCUAAUAUAAUGAGAUUAGAUAAUGCACAUGAAAAUAUUAAUACUAAUACUGCAAAUCAAUUAAUCACACAAAUUACAAGUAAUGAUUCCGGACAAACUGUUAGAAGAAGAGUGACUAGGUGGCAAGGCAGAAAAAAUAUUGAAAAUAUGUUUAGAACCAAUGAUAAUAUGCCAGAUGGAGAUAAUUACAAAAAUAAUACAAACGAUAAUGGCAAAAAACAUUUACAAGAGGAACAAAUUGUUAUAAAUGUUGAGGAUAAUAAUCAUUAUAAUAUUAAAUGA